CAAUAACAUCAUGGUGUUUCUUGACAAAAGAAAUAUGCUAACUGAUAAUCGGUCGUCUGAAAACACUGUCGCACGUAAACUCUUUGCAAACAAAAUGUUGAAUAGACCAGUGGCAUCUGAAACACCCGAAAUGCAAGCUUAUCAUGCAUGUCUUCAGAGUAUGAGAAGAAUUCAAGACAAGUACUGUAUUGACUUGAAUCAACUGAACAACUUGAAUCCAGUGAAGAGUGAACAGUGUGUUUGGAAGUGGGAAUUAAUUGACUUGAGAGAGGAAUAUGUACCUUCGUUUUAUCACCCGCGGUGUUAUCGAUCCGAUGGGGCACUGAAUUCUCACAGCAAAAAAACAGUAGGCAGUUCAUCUGUGAAUCACUCAGUCAAGUGUUACGAAAGAUGCAAUAUUGUGGAACCGAACUGCAUGAAGGAUAAACGGAGUAUUUCAUUAAGUAAUGAGAUCAAACACACAGGAUCUAAGAGUCAUACAUGCACUUUAUUCACACUAUGGAAACCGAAAAUUCAACGUGCAAAGUCUGUAGUUUCAAAUAAAUAUCAAGCAUUUGAAUCAAGUAAAGCAAUGAAGAGAGAUCCGGGAAAGUUCGAUGGGUCGGUUCAUCGUUCUCGAAGUCUGGAUAAUUAUCCCCGUAGUUCAGUUGGUGUCGGCGCAAGUGACUGUCCUGAUAGAAACAAAUCAAGGGAAUUUUAUUGUUCUGCUGAUUUCCGAUUGGCUGAUGCUAAGGAAAGUAAAUACCAUUUGGGGCGUGACUCCUCAACUCAAAAAGUCACAUGUAGACAGAAACAGUCAACGAUUCCUACGAUAUUUGACAACAAUACUCGACGGAGUCGCUCUACAAAUAAUGUGGAUGACUUGAAAUCAACUGCUUCGAAAUCUCCAACUGAAACACAAUGGUAA